GUCAAUUUCUAGAUAGCAAAAUAUCUUAGUGAUGAGCAGAGAGACCUUAGAGAAAGGGAAUAAGGGGACCGGAAUCCUGGUUACGGAGUCUCUCUCUCUCUCUUCCCAGACUAUACAUGUUCUUGUUUACACGGCACACGGCGGCCUUCAAGAGUUGAUCAGUGAUGAGAAGAUUCAAUUCAGCUACAGGAGGAUCAACAAGAUUCUUGAUCAUCAACGUUGCCAUAGUCUGCAGUCUCCACCUUGAUGUACGUUUGGCCACUGCUGCCAAGCAAAAUGCAGACUGUCAGAAUAAUCCUUCUUCAUGCGGGAACAUCCGAAACAUAAGCUACCCAUUCCGCUUGAAUUUGAGGGACGACGACCCACGCAGCAAUUGCGGCGACCCUCGCUUCGAACUCACCUGCGAGAGCAAUCGUACCAUCUUAUACUUGAAUGACGAUCAUGGGGCACACUAUUAUGUCAAUGCGAUCUGGUACAAGAAUUGGACAAUUCGAUUGGUGGAUCCCGGUCUACAGGAUGGCAACUGCUCCUCCAUGCCUCUCUUUUACUUCACUUCGAGAUGGAGAAAUGCUCACGGUUUGUAUUAUUUGCGGAGCUAUAAAUAUGUAGUAUUCGUGAGGUGCAAGAGCCCUUUGACGGUAAAGUCUUAUGGUGGUGAAUAUGUGGAUACUUCCCCCUCCAUCAACAAUGUCAAUGGUUCUGGUUCGGGCUCGGGCGUCUCUUAUUCUUACGCUAUUCUGGUAAAACAAGUUGGGGAGAUCCCGGAGGGAUGCAUCAUCCAUGCGAUGGCCCCGACCCUGUUGGAGGAAUUUGGGAAUCGUUCUUUUCCUGAAAUCCACCAUCAACUCACUUUGGGGUUUGAUCUCGUGUGGGAUUCAUCGUUCUCAGGUAUUUAUUGGGAAUAUUUAUAAUUUUCUAUACUUCUUUCAAAAUGGUUUUCUCUUUCUGAAAGACUGCACGUCUGCACCAGUGGGUUGAAUUGGAACAAACUGGAAUUAGCCCUUUUCUUGCUCCAUGUCCAGCCAGUUUUCACAAUCUUGGUGUGAAACUGUGAAUUACUCCGAAUAAUCUAAACCCUAAACCUAAUCUAAACAUAUGUGUUCUUUGUCAAACAGUCACUGCGAUCAUCACAAUUCAUGAGAAAGAAGUAGAGCCCCACAGGUUCUUCUAGGUGGAUGGUGAUGGCUGUUCCGUGUGUUUAUGUGGCUUUGCGCACCCAUUUGAUACAUUAUUGCACACAUAAAAUUAAA